AUGAAUAAAAGUUCUAGCGAGAAUUUAAACAAAAGCCAAAAGAAAAUCCAAGAAAAAUCUGAGAGAAACAACGAAGAUCUGAGCGAAAGUUCAAAAGAAAGUUCGAAUGGAAGUUCAAGUUUGAGCGAAAACCCAAGACCAAGAGAAAGUUUUCGACAAGUAUUAAAAACAACAAAAGACAACAAAAACUUCAAAGACUAUGAUUUUGGCAAUGCUAGAAUUACAACUAAAAAGAGAAGAAAUAUUAGUUCAAAAAAUGCGAAUGAAAAAAAUACAAUAAAAAAAAAAAAAAAAGAAAUGCAAAAUCAAAACAAAAGUCCCAGUAAGAAUUCAAUCGAAAGCUCAGAAAAAGUUCAGAGCAAAACGAAAAAAAAAACUAAUAAAAAGAAAAAAACCAAAAGAAAAAAGAAAAACAACUUUGAAAUAAAAGUUCCAGUAAAAGUUCAAGAAAAAAUUCAAGAGAGAGUCCAAGCGAAA